AUGCGGCGCUCUGGAAUUCCUGCUCAAACCCAGCAGAAGGGGUUUGCUGCCUGCCAUGCGGAUGCUGUGGCGCAUCAGACUUUUCAGAUAAAAACAUUUAGUACAGAGUUGAAAAACCAUGUGAUGGUCAUGGAUUUUGUGAAGAGUAACUGGUUUCCCUCCCAGAGAAGAGCUAAAGUGUGUAUGAUCCGUAUGUGCCAAGGUCUGAAGACAGAGAAGCAGACAGCCAGCAGAUAUGAGAUCCACAGUCGGCUCUUUGCGGCCCCCAGAGGUCACCCUGCCUGGGAAAGAAAUGAAAGGCUUUCAAACACAGGAUUCUCGGACAACCAGUACAGUGUAAAUGAUCAAACUGCCCUUAGAAAUCUCCAGUCUGAUGUUACAGAGAAGAAAUCUCACUUCACUGAGGCGCCUUUGGCAUCGCAAAAUACAAAAAUGAUUUCAUCCAUAUUCAUUUCACAGCUGAUUGAUGAGAACAAAUCAAGAGAAAAACGGGCGGUGGUGCCGGUGCUCCGUGCGGUUGCCCAGCCUCACACGCACCACGUGAAGUCGUCUUUGGCUGAUCGGGGCAGUGAGGAGAUCAGCCGGGCCCUGGCCUUCCUUCCUGGCAGGUUAGGAAUUCAGACACCUUCAGAUGUGCGAGGCUACAGGACAGAGCUGCCACCCCAGGAGGAGAGCCCACGCAGAGGUCGCCACAAAGGGUUUGCGUCCAUCAGCGUCACCGCCAGGCGUGUGGGCCCUCCAGCUGGCACCCUGCUGUGGGAGAGCUCAGGAGACCCCCUGUGCACCCAGCGCAGGGCUGGGGACUCUGUGCACACAGACCCCUAUUCUCUGGCCAGCGAUGUAGAGCCAGGAGGGCCCCACAGACCGUUCACGUGCGCAGAGCUUUCCAGAAACGACUCUGGGGUGUGUCUGAAGGUCCCCGAGUGGCUGUGUGAAGGCCGUGAGUACUGGGUCACCAACAGGGGUGGCAGAGAGGACAACUUUUCUCCAGGCAGCCCGCCCCCGGGAAGGAGCCCACUGCUGUUCAGCUCCUGCGUCCACCUCCGAGUGUCUCAGCCGUGUCCAAAUUCCAUUUGCUACCUGGACAAGUCGCUGUCUGUCCCCAUCCAACAACCUCCAGUUGCCAGCCCCAAAGUGCACAGAUCCGUCCUGUCCCUCAACCUAAACUGCAGUUCCCACAGAUCAACACCAGAUGGAGUCGGCGGCCUGGCUAACGGAGAGCCAAUGAGCAGCGCCCUCAGGCCUACAUCUAUGGAAGGAAACCAGAAUCUUCUAGCCCGGAGCUGGAACCCAGGGCUACGGGAAAGCUACUUGGAGGAAAACCCAGCGUUGGCGCGGGCAGAUUUGGGGAACAGCACAUGUCCUUGGAGCGGCUUGCCCACCUUGGGAAAUACAGGACUUGCGGGUGCAGGAAUGAACCACGGCACCAUAAAGAAAGAGAAAGAAGACCACAGGACUCUCUACCAUGCCAGCGGCCACACCAGCCAAUUGACCAUCCACAUCCCUGGCUGGAGCUAUGCUGCAGUAGAACCAAAAGUAUUUUCUGGAAGCAGCAAGAAGCAACAAGGAGAACCACGUAAGACUUUGUCUGCUCCCCCAGUGGAACGGAAGCCUGUUAAAGAUUUCCUUCCGCAUGGGGAUAGCCCUCCAAAAGGGGACUGUCAGUCUAGCAACCUCUCUGCGCCCACAGAGAGUCAACAUCAGAGCUUCCCAGGCCCCAGAGCACUUCUGGCUGGGUUUCUCUGCCCCCUAGAAGAUGUGUGCACACCUCCACAGGACGACAGAGGUGCUCAGAUAAAGAGAGAGGAGCUCCCCAAAGGAGACUACACGUGCUGUGACUUGGUCGUAAAAAUAAAGGAAUGCAAGAAGAGCGAGGACGUGACCGUACUCCAGCCCUCGCCAGCUCCCCCAGAGAAAGCUUCCCCAAAGGACCCAGACACUCCAGGCCUGUCAGAAGACUGCUCCCAGCCUCAGCAGACACCUGCCAGCAACCUGACCUUGCAGGAAGCACUAGAAGUCCGUAAACCACAGUUCAUUUCUCGCUCGCAAGAGCGGCUGAAAAAGCUGGAACAGAUGGUACAGCAGAGAAAGGCUCAGCGGGGCGAAAACCUGGGGCAGAAGCAGAGCCUCCUACCCAUCCGCGCCAACAAGAAACAGUUCACCGUCCCCCAUCCUCUUAGCGAUAACUUGUUCAAGCCCAAAGAAAGGUGCAUUUCAGAGAAGGAGAUGUACACUCGAUCUAAAAGAAUCUAUAAUAACUUGCCAGAGGUAAAAAAGAAAAAAGAAGAACAAAAGAAAAGGGUGAUCUUACAGAGUAACAGACUCCGCGCCGAAGUCUUCAAAAAGCAAUUACUGGAUCAGCUCCUCCAAAGGUACGCAGUCUAACGCAGCCUGCCCUGCCGGCCACACCACGGGAUCGGGGAUGACUUUAGACGCCGGACGAGCCAUUAAACUUCACGUUAUCUUUGUUCCGCAAA